AUGCCACCCGCCAAAAUGGGAUUUAAUCGGGUUUUAGAUGAUUUAGCAAAGCGCCAGCUAUUGCUGGACUUCCAGUUUGGGUCUGCCUCUAAGAAAUAUGAAGCGCAGAAAAACAUUGGAGCAGGCGCUUUCGGUAUUGUUUGCGAGGCAGUGGAAUCCACAAGCAAACAGAAAUUUGCUAUCAAGAAAAUCGGUCAUGCCUCUGCAACACCCACACUGGCUCGUAGAACUUUACGCGAAAUUCGCGUAUUGCGGUAUAUUAACCACGAUAACAUCAUACGAUUGGAUGAAAUUUUCCGAACACCCGGACCAUUGGGUACAGAUGUGUUUAUGGUCAUGGAAUUGAUGGAUGGAAGUUUACAUCAAGUCAUCUAUGGCGAGCCAAUAGAAGACACUCUGGUUGCUCAUUUCCUACUUCAGAUUCUUCUUGGAUUACGGUACUUGCACUCAGCAGGAAUUGCUCACAGAGAUUUGAAGCCAUCCAACUUACUGGUCAACAAAGAUUGUACACUCAAGAUAGCUGACUUUGGAAUGGCAAAGCUGGCUGAGAAGCAUCAUAUAGAUGAAGUUGAAGAGCAUUGUUUUUAUAUGACUCAACAUGUAGCAACCUUACCCUACAGAGCACCCGAAUUAUUAUUUGUAAUGUCUCAACAUUCAACGGCUGUAGAUAUGUGGGCAGUUGGGUGCAUUCUGGCAGAAAUGUUUUUACGUCGAGAAUUAUUUUCUGGAAGAAGUGUUUCAGUACAAAUCAAAAUUAUAUUAAAUAUGCUAGGUGCACCAGAAAAUCAUAUUAUUGAACAAAUUAAAUGCGAAAGAACAAGAAAAUCCAUUGAGAACUAUAGCGAUUCGACUUGCCGGUCAUGGUCUGAAAUAAUGAAAACAAAUGAUCGAAUUGUUCCAAAGAAGGCAUUGGAUCUGUUAUCGCAGCUUUGUGAAAUGGAUCCCUCACAUAGAGCAAAAGUAGAUGACACUAUUCACCAUCCAUUCAUUCAACAAUACAAGCCUGGAAUCAAACCGCAAAGAACGUGCCCAUUUAAAGUCAAAAUGGAUAUGGCAGCUGUCGAAUCGAUGAAUCAUCAAGAGCUCACACAAGCAUUGAACCAAGAUGUUUUGUCUCAUAAGUCUUAUACAUAA